AUGUUGCCCUCCUUACCUCUUCUGGCGCUUUCCGCCACCACGGCCACUGCAUCCUAUGCGGGCAACUUGAACUACCGCAGUCCUUCUCUGCACCAUCCUUCCCUGGGUAUUUCGGUGCCCAAGGUUGCAAAGAGAAAUGACCCAUCUGCCGAAUUCACCGCUGAUAAGCUGAACUUCACUCAUGGCGUUGCAUCUGGAGAUCCCUACGCCCACUCCGUCAUCUUGUGGACGAGAUGCUCUCCACAAUUUGAUGAUGUUAAUGAUAACAGCACUGUAACUGGCACUGUACCGCUCUACAACCCUGUCCCAAUCCACAAGGAUACAGACGAACACAGGCCUGUCUCCAAAGCUCCUGUUUGUCUGCAAUACAAGGUUGCCACAGAUAACAAGUUCAAGCAUGUCGUGGAGAAAGGAACUGUCUAUACCAGCUCCGAUGUUGACUAUACUGUUAAGGUUGAAGCCACAAAGCUAAAGCCAUUUACCACCUACUACUACCAAUUUUAUGCCUGCAACUCUGAUAAUAAGAGCCCAAUUGGACGCACCAAAACCGCACCAGCUGAGCACGACUUGGUGAAAGACAUCUCCCUCGCUGUCUACUCUUGCAGCAAUUUCCCCUUCGGUUUCUUCAACGCAUACGGAAACCCAGUACGAAAGGACUCUGUAGACUAUGUUCUUCAUCUUGGUGAUUAUAUCUAUGAAUAUCAAGUUGGUCACUAUGGUUCUGGCAAAGACAUCGGAAGAGUUCCAUUGCCUGACCGUGAUAUUUUAACCCUCUAUGACUACCGCAAGCGCCAUGCUACCUAUAGAACUGACCUUGACCUGCUUGCUAGCCACCAGAGGUUCCCCUGGAUUCCAGUCUGGGAUGACCAUGAGGUCGCUGAUAACACCUACCGUGAUGGAUCAUCGAAGCUCAACAACACCGAACAAUCCUUCGUUGCAGAUGGUGGAAUCAGCACUGAUCAGAGAAAGAUGAACGCUGUCCGGGCCUACUUCGAAUGGAUGCCAAUCAGACAAGUGGAAAUGGAUGAUAACCUCCGUAUCUGGCGUAACUUCCAGCUUGGUUCCCUUCUUGAUGUUCUCAUGCUAGAUACUCGUGUAUACGAUCGUUCCAUAACCGAUCUGUACUGGAACAAUGAUUACGUUACUGAGCUCCGUGGUGAUGCCAGCCGCAGUUUGAUGGGUUCCCGUCAAGAGAACUGGUUCUACCGAAAUCUCAUUGAAUCUGCAGAGCGAGGUGCUAAGUGGCGUGUUAUUGGAAGCCAGGUCGUGUUCUCCCAUAUCAAUGAAUCUGCCGCAUUUGGUGCUGCCCGUAACCUCAACAAUGAUGCUUGGAGCGGCUAUCAAGCAAACAGAAACCGCACCUUCAAGGCUCUUUAUGACCACAAGAUCCCAAACAACAUCAUGAUAGCUGGUGAUAGCCACGCCAAUUGGGUCAGUGACCUUGUCUGGCUUGACGAGGUUCCAUAUGACCCGAAGACCGGCGAGGGUGCUAUUGGUGUUGAGUUUGCCGGCUCUGCCAUCUCCUCCCCAUCUCCUGCGGGCGACAAAAUCAGUAUCAAGGACUCGAUUGAGAAGUCAAGGCUGCUCGCAAGCACCAACAAGGUCCUGCAAUGGUCUGAGUUGUACUACCGUGGCUAUUUCGAACUCCAUUUCAAUGAGAAGGAAGUCCAGGCCAGGUUCUUUGGAACUCCCCAUAUCCGUGACCGAAACCCAGAUGAGAUAUCUCUGGCCAACUUCACCGUCAAGGCGGGAGCCAACCGCCUUGACCGCGGAAAGCUGGGUGUUCCCGGCGGUGGCGUGGUAGAGAACGGAUGGCUCAAGGGUGGAAAAGUGGUUCAGACCAACUUGACCAACAACACUGAGAGUGGAAUGUGGCACAUUAACAAGUAA